GGCAGGGGUGGGACCGUGCAGGCGCAGAGAAUUAGUUUGGCCGUCUUCGAUUUAAAGAGACAGAAGCUGUUGGGGUCCUUGAAGACGGUCCCCUAAGACCCUCCCCCCAAGUCCUUGGGACCACUUGGGUCCCCAGAGCUGGGGAGAUGGUUUGCGGAGGCUUUGCCUGCUCCAAGAAUGCGCUGUGCGCUCUCAACGUGGUCUACAUGCUGGUGGGCUUGUUGCUCAUUGGAGUGGCUGCUUGGGGCAAGGGCCUGGGUCUGGUGUCCAGCAUCCACAUCAUUGGAGGAGUCAUUGCUGUGGGAGUCUUCCUUCUCCUAAUUGCAGUUGCAGGACUAGUGGGUGCUGUCAACCACCACCAAGUCCUGCUAUUCUUUUACAUGAUCAUCCUUGGUUUGGUCUUCAUCUUCCAGUUUGGAAUUUCUUGCUCAUGUUUGGCUAUUAACCGAAGCAAACAGACAGAUGUCAUCAAUGCUUCUUGGUGGGUCAUGAGCAACAGCACCAGGCAUGAACUGGAAAGAAGUUUUGAUUGCUGUGGCUUGUUCAACCUCACAACUGUGUACCAAGAUGAUCCUUCUUGCAAUGCAAUUUGCAAGAACAGGAGUUCCACAUGCCAGAUGUGUGGAGAAAAGUUUCUUAAGCAUUCAGACGAAGCCCUGAAAAUCCUGGGGGGUGUUGGAUUAUUCUUUAGCUUUACGGAGAUCCUUGGCGUUUGGCUAGCAAUGAGAUUUCGGAAUCAGAAGGACCCUCGAGCUAACCCUAGUGCCUUUCUAUGAGACUAAGGACCCUUCUGACUUUUCCCUGUUUUCUCUCAGCUUUUUAUUCCUCCCUUUGGGAAAAUUUAGGGUCUAAAGCCCUUUUUGUUUAAGAAAAAGGAAAGGCCCUUUGCCACAUUCCCUAAAACUAAUUGAAUGGCUAGGCUUUAAGUCCUGACAUAUUUUGGAACAAGAGUAAGUAAGGAGGAGGAAAUACUCCCUGUUUCCCCAAGUGGAUAUAGACAGAGCCUGGGAGUGCAUGGAUGUGGGGUAGAGUCACUCACUCAUAGCUUUUUCUUUUUUUUCACUCUUCUGCAUGCUAGACCACCUCAACAUGCUUUGGCCUGGCUCCAAGAGUAAAUCAGAUGCAAGACCCACUUUGAGAAAGCUUAGUGAACAUAAGCCGCCUUAACCUCCAGUCAAAGAGCUCCACUGACAGCCUAGGCCCUGUGUAACUUAAUGAAAGAGUCUUUAUAGUUGUGCAGGGAAGUUCCUUCUUUCAAGUGGUUUUUCAAAUCACCCAAUGGCAAAGCCAAUCAGAGUAAGAAACAUUAAAAAAAAGACCAUA